AUGGCGCACCAGACGGAGGGCAAGUCCCCGUCGAAAAAGCUCGAAUCGAAGCUGAAGAAGUCGAAGGAUUCUACAAAAGAGGGAAGUGCCGACGCACAGGAGUCCACCCCCAGUAAAAAGGACGCCAGAUCCGAAAAGAAGGACAAGAAAAAGCGCAAGUCCGUCGCCGAGGAUGUACCCGAGACAGACGGCGAAUUGAAGAAAAAGAAGAAGCGCCGCCAUACCGAAGAUGAAAACGACCAGAACGGCAAGGAUGAAUCGCACAAGCAAAAGAAAAAGCGUGUCUCAUUUGGACCUGGGACAAAGGAAUUCGACGGCGACUCCGACAGCGAGUCGGACGAGGCUGACAGCAAUGACGCUGUCGCAACUGACGGAGCCGACGCAGACGUCGAAGACGCCGGAGACAAGAUGUACGAAGAGAUGAAGCAGCAUAAGCGGGACAAGAAGAAGCAAAGGAAAAACGGCACUGCCUCGACUGAUUACCCAAUCCACGAGACUGCUAUUCUCUCGUACUUGAGCCACUACCACCGAGCGCGCGCGACAUGGAAGUUCCAAAAGAACCGGGAAACAAACCUGUUCAAGCACAUCUAUUCGCUUGAGCAUGUUCCCACUAAGUACAACACGUCAUUGCUGGCGUACAUGCAGGGAUUGAAAGGCGAUGCCGCUAAGCAGAGAAUGAGCGAUGCUGCAAGACAGGUUAUCAAGGCUGAUAUGGAUCUCGAUAAGCCCAAAGAGGACGAAGAAACGGAGGAGCAAGAGUCCAAAGGCCCAAGCCCCGAAUAUCUGCAGGCUAUCAAUGCGUUCCGCGAGUGCUUGCCCACAGGAAGUGAGGACUUGGACAAUGUCAACUUCGGAGAAAAGCUGGAGGGAGAAGCACAAAAGCGUUUGCCGAAGAGGCAGCGAGCAGAGCUGGUCUUUUUCGCUGUUGCUGGCAAGCUUUUCAGCGCAGAGGAUUUGAAGAAGCCGAAAAAACCCAGAGCUCCCGAGCCAAAUGUAGUCAAGAAGCGGAAGAACAGAACUGUGGUUGUUGAUAUCAGCAGCAGCGAGGAUAGUGACGAUGAUGUCCCGGCUCCGAAGAAGGCUGUCAGCAAGCCCGCGCCGGAUAGUGAUGAUGAGACCUCGUCGAGCGGCAGCAGCAGCAGUGACAGUGACAGUGACAGCGAUAAAAAGCCAUCUGCUGCCCCGGCCCCGACCAAAGCCUCGACCAAGGCCCCAGCUAAACAAAAUGCCGCGAGCACACCUCAAAAGUCCGCCCCCAAUGGUGUUGGGAUUUCAAAGAAGGAGGCCAAGAUUGCCAAGAGGAAGGAGAAGUUUGUCCCAGUUCGCGAAGAGAAGCCUCAGCCUGCUGUUCCGAAAAAGCCACAGAAGCGAAAGCUUAGGACUGCUCAGAUCGAAAUCUCCAGCAGCGAAAGCGACAGCGAGUAG